GGGAUCGGGAGGGAGGCACGCUUGGCGAGAGAGAAGAACUCGCUAGGGGCGGAGGCAGCAGGGCCGGCAGCGGCGAAGCCAGUGAUGGCAGCAAUGAUGGCAAUGGAGAACUUCAUUUUGAUGGUUGAGUUGGUUGAUCGAAACUGUAGAAAGUCGAAAGAGGAUACUUGGCAAAGUAUGUAUAAAGAAUGUAAGUCUCUAAAAGAGGUAGCGAAAGUGGGAUGCUUCAAGCAAACGAAAGACUGAAUGAAUGUGAUGGUGGAUGAUUCCUUUUUGCCGGUGGCCUAUGUGAUACUUAUACUCUUCUCAACUCAGCUUCUGCGCGCCACACUGGUGACUUCACACAUUACUCCGAAGAUGUGCCAUGUGGAAGACAGGGUAGUCUUCCUCCCCGGUGGUACUCAGGAGGCUAGGCCCAGCGCACCAUGCGUUUGUAAGUGGGAUUCAGGUCCAGAAGGAUACGCUCGCAGGGUUUCAUGGGCGCUAGAGCCCGUGCUUUGGUGGGGCAUGGAAGUCGUAAACAGACUCAUGAUGGAAUGUUUCGACAUUGCCCAUGUCAAGGUUCUCUCGUACUGUGUAUUCUUCCAAGUAAUCGUGGUGAAGUGAACACCAUCCAGCAUAUUGGAAUCACUGUCCAUAGUGUUAGGGUGAGCAAAAACUUGCUCUGCAACCCAGGGAGGCAAAUUGAGUGAUGCGAUAGACUCCUU